UAAAUACAAAAAAAAAAAAAAUGACAACAAACACAGAAAACCUUUGGGUUUUUGCCUUAGCCACAAAAUGCAAUUUUUUCAACCCCAUCAACUCCAUGUUAUUUGCGCUUAUUUUAUCUUUCGUCUGGUUUAUCAUCAAUAUGAUUUACUGGACUCACCCCGGUGGUCCAGCUUGGGGUAAAUAUAACAAAUUAACAAAAUAUUUACUCGUUAAAAAUCCGAUCCCAGGUCCAAAGGGCUUUCCUUUUAUAGGUAGUAUGUACAUGAUGACCGGUUUAGCUCAUCAAAAAAUCGCGAAUAUGGCUGAAUUUUUCAAAGCUAAGCGUCUCAUGUCGUUCAGCUUAGGUGAAACCAGAUUUAUCGUAACAUGUAAUCAUGUCGUAGCAAAAGAAAUAUUGAACAGUACAGCUUUUGUUGCACGUCCUGUUAAUGAAUCUGCGUAUGGAUUAAUGUUCGAUAGAGCGAUCGGGUUUGCCCCUUAUGGGGUUUAUUGGAGAACGCUAAGGAAAAUUGCAUCUACACAUAUGUUUUGUCCAAAACAGAUUAAAGCGUCUGAAUCUCAACGAUUUGAAAUCGCGAAACAGAUGGUGGCGAUUUUUAAUGGGAGUGAAGAAGGUUUACGUGUUCGAGAUGUGGUGAAAAAGGCUUCUUUGAAUAAUAUGAUGUGUUCUGUUUUUGGACGAAAGUAUAGUCUCGUUGAUUAUUUUAACGAUGAGACGGAGGAGGUGAGCGAGUUAGUCGAUGAAGGUUAUGAUCUUUUGGGAAUACUUAAUUGGUCUGAUCACCUACCUUGGUUAGCUGAAUUUGAUCCACAGAAAAUUAAGUAUAGGUGUGAACGUCUAGUGCCUAAAGUGAAUCGACUCGUGGGUAGGAUCAUCGAUGAACAUCGAGCUCAACCUAGUAAUGUUCAUCGCGAUUUUGUGGAUGUUUUACUCUCUCUUCAAGGGGUGGAAGCAUUAUCAGACUCUGAUAUGAUUGCCGUACUUUGGGAAAUGAUAUUUAGGGGGAGUGACACGGUGGCAAUUUUAAUAGAGUGGAUAUUAGCACGGAUGGUACUUCACCCUGACGUUCAGUCAAAGGUACAAGAGGAGGUAGAUAGGAUUACUGAAAGGUCACGAUCAGUGAUGGAGUCUGAUGUAACCAACAUGGUUUAUCUACAAUCAGUAGUGAACGAAGUACUUAGGUUGCACCCUCCGGGCCCACUACUGGCGUGGGCCCGUCUCGCGAUUGAGGACACCACAGUGGAUGGGUAUCAUGUUCCUGCGGGGACCACUGCUAUGGUCAACAUGUGGGCCAUCACAAGGAGUGAAGAGGUUUGGAAUGAACCACUUGAGUUUAAGCCCGAAAGGUUCAUGAACCAGACCGAACCUGUUAUUUUUUCGGUGUUGGGGUCUGACCUAAGGCUGGCACCAUUUGGUUCUGGAAGGCGAAGUUGUCCCGGAAAGACACUUGGUUUGACCACAGUCACUUUUUGGGUAGCAUCGCUCUUGCAAGAGUUCGAAUUCGGGACUACUGAUGGAUCCAAAACGGUUGAUUUGUCUGAAGUACUAAGGCUUUCAUGCGAAAUGAAAACCCCACUGAUGGUGAAGGUGCAACCAAGAAAUUUAACUAAUUAAACGUCCAUUAUUUUAGUUGUUUACGUUAUUAUGUGUCUUUACUGUGUUGUAUUGUUACUUAAAUAAGAAGUAUGGUCUAAUUGUUAGUUCUUUAUAUUUACUGUAAUGUUUUACUAAAUACAUUAUUAUGUAACAAAAUUUAUGUUAACAAUUAAUU